AGUGACGUCACUAGUGCUGUCAUUGUUAGACUGAUCCCACUGCCUGCAUACACAAACGCCAUGCUGUAGAUGCCUGCGCAAGACAGGAGACCAGUUUUGUUUUCAUUCAUCUGACAGCUGAUUCUACUUUCUGGUUGCGUUCACGCCGUUCCUACCAUGUAAAACCAAUUAUUUUAAAUGUUCUAAAGCAAAAAUGGUUUACUGCGUCGCACCAAACUGCAGCAGUGAUUCAACGAAGGUGUUGAAAGUAGAUGGGGUCGGUUAUUACAAUUUUCCUCGCGACAAGAAGGCCCGAAAAGUAUGGGUAUAGACGCAUGCAUCGUCCCGUCUCUCGGUGCGAGGGAAUGUUCGAAGCACUUCGUUGCCGGAGAUUACCUGCUGGACCCAGCCAUAUGCCGUGCGAUAGGAUUUGACCCUAAAAAACGCCUGUUGAAGCCAGGUGCCUUCCCUACACUCUUCAGUCAUGGUGAAGGCGAUGCCAUGGAUGGUACGCCUACAACCAGUGCGCCGCGGUUAGCUGUGCAGAAGAGGGCACAUCAGCAGGCUGUAGCAGAGGUGGUAGCGGGAUACAACGUGUUGUAUGGAGAGGAGGCGGAGGAGACAGCUGAGCAGGAUGAUGGUUUUUUGAUGGCUGAUGAAGGCCGAUUUGAGGAGGUUGGCAAUCACCUGAUAGAGGAUGCAGUACUGCCACAGAGUUUAGACGAUUUGGAGGUUUUGCCACAAGAACACCCUGAAACCUUUGCCAUUGGGACACAAGUUGGCUCCUCAGUCUCCAUGCGGUUUGCCAAGGCUGUCCAGGUCAAUAUUGUCACUGGGUCUCGGAACAAAGGUUCACAGACAACUAUGGCAAGCCGUUUGCUUCAAAAAGUCGAGAUGAUUUUUUUCAUAUGGCAAGCCGUUUGCUUCAAAAAGUCGAAAUGAUUUUUUUUCUAGUCGAAAUGAUUUUUUUCAAGUCAAGAAAAAAAAUUUGAAAUAAAUUUCUUUUUUCAA